UCUUCUGUCGGAGACUGACUCUGUCUCUGUCUCUCUCUCAAAAUAGAGCGUGUGCCGUGUCACGCCACGCUGCUACACAAUGGAUAAGAUGAAGAUGAAGAUCAAGAUGCCCCUUAUUCACCGUUCUAUUCCUAUAUAUACCUUCUCCCUUCUCCAUUCUAAUCAUUCAAUUCUAUUUCUAUUUCAUUCCCACUAAUUUGAUGUAUUUUUUUUUUUUUGCAAUUACUGAGUUUCCAAAGAAUCAAUCUCAUUAAUUUAGUCUUGCCCAGUUGAAAAGAUCAAACUUUGAUAGUUUGAUUAUUAACAACCUUUAAAAGGGUAGAUUUUGCAAUGGCUGCUGCUGCUGCUGGGGUUAUUGGUGGUUAUUCAUUGUCAUGGAUGCAAUUCAAAGGCAGAGAAAGGAAUCACAACAGGGUUAUGAUUUGUUGCUCUUCUUCUUUGAUGGAUUCUUAUAAGACCUUAAGAGUCCAACCAGGUGCCUCCCAAACUGAGGUUAAGAAAGCUUUCCGGCACCUUGCUCUGCAGUACCAUCCAGACGUGUGCCAAGGCAGCAAAUGUGGGGUGCAGUUUCACCACAUCAACGAGGCUUAUGAUGUUGUGAUGGCCAAUUUGAGAGGUGAAUCCAACACAUCACUAAUGUAUGAGGCAGGCAUUGAUGAGGCAAUUAAGGGAGUGAAUGAUCAAGAUUUGGAGGACUUGUGGGAAGAGUGGAUGGGGUGGGAAGGAGCAGGAAUUCGUGAUUACUCUUCUCAUAUUAAUCCUUACAUUUGAAAAUCUCAUGCAAUCUUAUUAUCAAUGCUUAAGUUAGACCCACUUGUCCACACCAAAAUUGUCGUUGGUGUUCCUUGUACAUAGUCCAAGUGUCAAAAGUCAUUGUCCUCAGUGUGAUUGAAGUUGAGGGAGUGACUUUGUGUCAAUAAUACAAAUCAAACAUUUUUUUUUGAAAGGAUAAUACAAAUUAAAGUUCAAAAGAGGAGAAAGCUCAUUGCAUGAACGAUACAUUAUAUACUAAA